GAGGAUCAGAGUUGCAGUUCAGGUUGUUGAAAUGUUUGACUUUUUCUUUUCAAAAAUACAGCUGUGAUUGUUCUGAAUCACUUAAAGACAUUUUCAUGUUAGAAUGACGUUUUACAAAACAGCUUUUUAGCAGUUAUAUCCAAUAAUAAUAAAAAGAAUUAUUAUACAAGUUGAGUAAUAGAUUAAAAAUACAUAUUAAUGUGAAGAAGUGACUGUUAUUUAGAGAGAGAGAAGGUGAGGGAGGGCUGGGGUGGAGAGUGGGGGGAUAGUAGGGAUACGGCUCAACUUACCCCAUACACGGGGUAAGUUGACCAUAGAAGACCACUGUUUUUUUUGCAUGCUAUAUUAUCAAGACAGUUAUGUUUACACACAUUCUGUUGGUUUGCAGGGAUGAACAACAUUUUGAAAUAUAUGCAGAUACACUAGUUGAGGCAAAACUAUUAUUGCCUUGAUGUAGUGAUCCAAAAUAUGAAAAAUGGCGCAUCUUACCCCACUCUCCCCUAUAAAAUUUUCUAUGAAAAGUUUACUGAUUUACAAACACUCAUCUUAAAUGACUGUGUAAUGAUGCCACAAUCUUCUACUGUAGUUUUAGGAAACAUUACACACAUUAUCAUUGACUAAAUAGUGUAUUUGCUCAUGUAUAUACUUCUAUCUAUGUAUAUUUUCAGGUACAUUUUAGGCUAUCAAUUAGGCUAUCAUCCAAAGGUCUAGCAAAAGCUUAACUUUCCCCUGCUUCUUUAUAUAUUUACAGUUUAAAUUUCUAAGAACAAACAGCUAAAGUAGCACCUGUACAGUGCAUCAGAGAACCUGAAUCCACAGGUGGCGCUCUUCUCUUUCAGCUGUGAAUGUGUGUCAACCAGAAACACGUCACAGCCCAGCUGGUGUAGUGCGCCUGCGCUGUCAACUUCAGUCGAGGAAGUGCUAGAAGAGACAAGUCAAGCGCCUGAGAGGAGUUUGCUGCUUUGUACUUGUUUCAUUGAGGAGAAAACAUCCCGCCGUCUACUCAAAAUGUCGGGAUACGAUAGCAAUCCUUUCGCAGAGCCUGUUUCGGACAACCCUUUCAAUGUAAGUGUGGCGUUUAUGUUUUCGUGCUUACUUAUCAGUCGUUAGAAAGGAGCCAACACGCCAGGAAACUAGUUGGGUGGAUGUGAGGGGGCGGAAUCGUCUUUGCGAGAUUGACAGGUCGAUAGCCAAUCAGCGGGCUUUGUUUGAAGAGUGGGCGCGGUCGUGAGCGAAUGUAGUUGCAGGAAGUUAAACUGUAGCCAACCAGGAAUGUGUGUCAAACCGUUUUAUUCGCUUUUCUGCCAAUACUGUAGUACUUAAAAAAGAUUCGUAGAGCUAAUUUGACCUUAUACAGCUUUAGGAGUGAUUCAUAGUAACUUAGACGGCUUUUGAACGUCUCCUUAAUAAUCCUGAAAGGCCAGCACACACCAUAUUAUUAUAAUUCAAGGAUGUGACUCAACACUUGUUGGGGCUGUAAAAACAUAAACACGGUGCCCUGCUUUUCCACCACAGUCAUCAGGAUAUAGAUUUUCUACAUACUUAUUAUCAAAAUCUGCGCAAAUUAGCUUGAAUUGCUUGAAAUAAACCAGAUUAACACAAUUAAAUAUGUAUACCAGCAGCAUAUACCCACAUAGGAGAUAGGUUUGGCCCAGAUCUGUUGUCAAGCUGGCACUUCUGGCAUGGUAGGGGGUAUGUCACCUGAAUGUGGGCCAGGUCUGUCAAUGAUCAUGGUUUUUAUGAUGGCAUGAGGCCCGGUUCUGGUUUGGUUGUUUUGGCCCAGAUAUGUCCAAACCACAUGUGGCCUGAUUGUGGUUUGGUUUUGUGCAUCUCAGAUAUGUACAUGCAAAGAAAUAAAAUAAAGUAAAUAAAUGAUUAUAAAAUUAGUUAAAUAAACAAAUUAAAAUGGAUAAAUAGAUAAAUAUAUUUAUGUAGAGAGGCAGGUUUAGCACCUGGACUCUUCUACUACAGAGCCAUACUGUUGUAAUAUGUACAGAGUGUGAUUUGGUGUUGUCUUGCUGAACUAUGUAAGUUCUCCCACAAGAAAGUCAUCGUCCUGUACACAAUGUUCACCAUUAAUGGUGCCUUAGAUAUGUAAUCUUCUUAUACCAUAUGCACUUGAGCAUCCCCAUGCCGUCUUUUAAAGCUUUUAGAGCUGAGGAUGAGGCGUCCAUGAUUUCUAAAAACAAUCUUAUUUGUUCGGCCACUGACUCAGUCAUAGUUUAUAAUGUACAGCCACUAAAGCAUCCAGAAUACUGAAGUCUAGACUAUUUUCCAACAUUUGGUCUGUUUGUUUGGAUAUUUUAAUACGGGAUUGGACUUUAAUCCUAUAUUUCAGACUCAGGAUUGCCUCAUUCAUCAGGGACAAAAAGAAAAGAAGUCAGCCGUCUUACAGAGACAUAAACAGUUUACAAGCUUAAACAAGCAGUCAAUGCCUCAGGUGGUGACCAGGUUGAACUUGCUAAAUGACAUGUUUGACGGAAAAACACUCAUACUGUACUUUAUAACAACAUUCAGUAUCAGUUAAACUCGUCUGAUUUCCGUUACAUUACAUAAUAAGUUCACGUUCACAGUGGUGUAAAGUCACACUUUAUGAUAUCAGGUGCAUAAUGGCGGCGACGUCAGUGUAGAAUAGACCAGAUCACUGUUUGUUUAGUGGGCGUGGAAGUGGCUGAAUAAAUACCCCAGCAGCAACUGGUAUAUGUGUAUGUUGUCUAUGCUGUAGUGCAUCAUUACAUUAUCUUGCUCCUGUGUUUAUACAAGCCUGCCCUCAGACCUGAUAUUUGAUAGUUGAUAAGCGCCAAAUUUGGAGGGAAACACCCUUAGAUGGUUGAAGUUAAACAUGUUUUUUUUUAAAGCUAAUUCUUUACAGUCAAUGAUUCAUACAUUUAUAAUAAUGUGCUGUGGUGUGUAAUAAUAUCAAGAUUGACUUAAGUGUGUUUAAGCUGCAGUAUCUCUCUGCAGUUUUGAAAUAGGGUCAGCCGCGCCUCGCAAUCAGCAGCUAUCACAGCCGCUCCUGUUUCCUGGUGCAGAGACCUUAAACCACAUUAGUUAUCUUGUUAAUAAACAUAACUCAUUCUUCAAACAGGGCUCUGUAUUAAUCUCACUGUAGAUUUACUUGAAUGUAGAUCUUCUCCCCACCUUUUUUUCUGUUUUUUUAAAUGUCAUGUCGUCUUGUUUUGGCUUGUCCCAGCUUAGUCCUCAUGUCAGGGAGGCUCUCAGCAGUAUUUGGUCAUUAGUUUGGUUAGAGCUUAACUUUAUCCACGGCUGUUUGUUUGUAAUGUGUCAUCACAGGCGGCUUCUUAGUCGUGACUCAGCAGAUCUCCUUCCUGUUGAUGCUCUGAGGUACACAACACACUUUGCAUGAUUCAUGAUUCACUGACGGUGGCAGAGAUCCUAUUUUUUUAAAUUGACGAUGUGUCGAAGGUAUCGCCGAUUUUAAAUCUGCUGUUUAAGGAUCAUCUUUAAGGAUGGGAUUAGUUGUACUUUAUGACUCCUUCACUGUUUUAAUGAGUCACACUUUGGCUCCAAACCACCUGAUGUCUGUGUUUCCUGCUGGGAAUGAUAACAGGUGUGUCAAAGCAGAUAAAGUACCAGUGAGUGGUAUUGCAUAUAAAUUACAUGGUCGAUAACUGGCGUGUCGGGUAAUUAUCUGAGGUUAACCAUUUUCUGUAAAUUUACCUUACCAGAAUGGUUGUUCUGAAAGUCCUACAUUACCCAUAAUCCAUUCAGCUGCCUUUUCUAUGAUAGUUGCAGGAUUAUAUUGGCCACAGCUAUUACUCAGUUUUUUCAGGAUUAGUGUACUGUUUAUUUUUGGGAUCAUUUUGCAUCUGAACCAUGACCACAAGAGUCCUAAAAAACACUCGAACAUAUCAGGAUGUUUAUUCCAAGUCCAGACUUUGAUUAUCAGGGAAUUUGAAACAUGCUCACAGGAACUCGGCCUCCUCCCCUGUACUCUGGGAACAUCAGAGGUCGUCUGAGUGCUUCCACUGUUUGACGAGAAAUAUGUGUUUGUGCAGCUUAAAUAUGCCACCAUAUACAAGGGUAACAGGGACACCAAAACUGUAUUCUUCCAGUGAUUAUGCAAAAUGGGAAAUUAUUCAUCUCAAAUGUCAAAAAAAGUAAGAAGUGAGCAAGAAAUACUCCUUUAACCUCGGGUGAUGUCCUCAGAUGUCUCAUUAAGUUAUAAAAAAAAAAAAUCCCAAAUCCCAAAUGAUUCACUUUACAACGGCGGAAAAGUUCUUCAUAACUGUUGCCUCGAUUUAUGUUCUGACUAAUCACGUUGGAUUUACUUUUUUACGGCUGCUUUGUUGCCCGAGAAAAUGUUUUCCAGCUACACAGAAAAAAUCUUAACUACACAGAAUCAAAAAUGGUUUUAAAAAAUCUUAUAAAGCAUGCUUGUUUGGAUCAAAUAACCACAAGGAUUGAGUCGGUGAAUGUUUUUGGAAAUUUAUUGACUUUUUUAGGACCACAGCCUCGCAGAAUCUGCUUUAGUGAGACACUGACUGGUUUCUUAUGAGAGUUGGAAACACUUGAAUUAUUCCUCCUGUUUCAGAUCAGACACUGCAGUGAACUCAUGUUUACUAUGUCUAACCUCUUUAAGAGUCCGAGUCUCCUCCUGGUAAUCAUUAAUCAGGACCUGCAUGAGUCAAACAUCAGGAUGUUAUUCUAUUCCUUUUCGUGACUCAGUUGAAGCUUGGUGGCAGAUUUCCACGUCUGAGCUUACUUUUUAACAUCUAAAACUCACCUUGAUUCUCGAGGGUAAUGAGGAAAAGUUGACAGAUAAAGCAGUAAAACUCAUGUUUGAUAGUUCACAGAGGUCAAACUUUAUAUUAUUCCACUACAAUACCAAUGAAUCCUCUGAUAUAUCCCUGUAACCCUGACUAAACACCCCCUGUUGCUGCCCUCAUGGUCAAAUACUAAUCCUGAACUCAUGACCCCCAAAAUACGGUUAAUCUAAGCCUCAUCUCUGUUGAUGAUUCCGGACAAGACGAUACACCAGCAGCAGGUCUGACCUUUCUCCGACCAGAGGCCUUGAAUUCUUACAAGAGAUCAGCAAAGUUCAGUGGAAGUCAAGCCCUUUAAAUUGGAUCCAGCAGGCCCAGUUGAUCCAAUUUAUGCAGAUACAGUUGGUGUGACUGAGUGACCUGUAAUCAUGAGUGGCGUGUGGGUUUGUCUUUGUCUUUCAGGACCCUUCAGUAACACAGGUGACCAACUCCAGCGUAGAGCCAGUGGACCAGUACAACCCUUUCCCUGCAUCAGUAAGACAUGAGAAUCUUGUGUUAUCUUUCUUUGACUCCUUCCUCUCUUCUGUCAUCAUCUUUCUCUUUUCUCUUUAACUUGAUUUCUGUCCUCUUUCAUGCCCCCGCCUCGUGUUUAUUCUUUUUCCUCUCUUGUGAACUGGUUUUUGAUUCGUUUUGUUAACAUCUCUCAUCCCCUCAUCCUUGAAAAGUUUUACAAUUCUUCCUAAUCGAUCACUUUGUUGCUUGAAUUGUCUCUCAGGAUGGUCUAGCUACUCAAACCACUCCGGCCGCCCCCUCUCCAUUCCAGCCUGCGGUUUUACAGCCGUCUACAGAGCCCAGUCCACAGGUGAGUCCCAUAUUACACUCCCUCUCUGAUUAAUCUCAAAUUUCACUUUAUUUCAAGGUUUUUCUCGCCAAGUCCUUCAAAUUCAACUUUAUUUUUAUGGCGCUUUUCAGACAAAAAAUGUAGUUCAAAGUUCCUCACAGAGGCUAAAAACAACAAUUAAUAACAUUAAAACCCAACCAUCCCACCCAGACGCACACAAAGACACACACACACCCUCACUCACUCACCCACACACACACACACACACACACACACAAAAGCUCCUUGACAAAAGCUUAUCGUAUCGAUCAAUUAAGUCCUGAGUUUUGUUAUGAUAUUAUAACCUGCUCUGCACAGGCAGCCAUGACUUAAAUGUGAAGCAGCAUCUAUUAAAUGUAAUUCUCACAAAAGAUGCUUUGAAAAUUUUCCAUAACCUCGCUGUUAACAGGUGAAGAGUCUAACCCUCAAUUUUCACCGCAUCCGGAUCGGCAGAGAAAAGGCCGUCGGCGCCGAUCACUGCUGAUUGUUUCCAUUUAAGUUGAUGUGUCAGUUUCUACCCGCUUAUUUCCGGCCCCCUGCGGUUCAGUGGACUCCGCAGCUGAUCUCCAGGGUUCUAUUUUUUCCGGACGCCGCAGCAUGCCACAUAAAUUCAGCACAGAUUAGUCAGUGCUAGAAAGGAAGUCGGGCACAGACACAAAAUAAAAUAUCCGUCUUCUUUUCAAAAUAAAUCACUCCAUGUUUCAGGCGGGUUGUAUUUCACACGAUGCAAACAUGGGCGGGGACGAACAAGUGAAAGGUUUUCAGAUGUCAUUUCACCCUGUUGACACCAUGAAUGAGGAGAUGCUGAUUCUCGAAGUCUAGAAGUGGAUUUGGAUCGUGAUCUCGUGAUUGCAGGUGAAUCUGCGGGUUCUUGUGAAUCCUUGUGAUUCUCGUUGUCUGAAAUCUGCCACGAAAUUUGCCUCACAAACAUUCAAAAAAAAAUUCCGCCGUUCUGCAGCAGAGCCGUUCUGUUCGGUGGAAAUUUGGGUUAAAUCACUUCACAUAUAAAUGCUGUUGGUUAAAUUACAGCUACUGGUUUAGGAAAAUGUAGGGGGCAUAUUCCACUCUCCCCUGACCUCGCUGCCAUGAGUUGGAAGUACUCCAUAUUUGAAGUACAGGUCAAACAAAGUAGAUUCACAGACUAGUCCUUUAACUUCUUCUCAAGUAAAACACCCUCAAAGUUGCUUUGCUUCUACUGGAGUCGAAUAUUUUAGUACUUCGUCCUUCCAUCCUGCAAAUUUGACCCUUUAGAGUCCAUCUCAGUCAGAGGAAGAGGAAUUAACAUGAUGAGAGUGAAGCUCAAGAAAUCGACAGAGUUUGAAUCUGAAAACAGAUCAGGACUGAGCUGCUCCUCUCCACUGUGAUGUUGAAUGUUGAGCCGCCUCAGCUCCUGAAGCAUUCUGGUCGUGUUUUCUUACCUCCUCUCCAAAGUCUGUAUCUGUAAAGGAUCCAUUUGGAUGACCCUUUGAAGGGCUUAAUGACCACUACCCUCUGAGCUCCAAAAUAAUUGGUACACCCUUCCUGGGAAAAAACUGCAGCUGGAGCAAAAAAGGGCCAAAGAGGACAAUUAGGACUGAUCCUUUGAAUCUGAACUCUGAUGGUUCAAAGCAGAGACUGUCAUCAAAGCUGUAACGGUGCUUCAAAUAUAUACGAUGCUACCAAACUCAGACAUGAAGGUUGUGCAUCUUUGGAGCCUGUUGUUAAACAAAUGUUCAUCUGUGAAAGGCAGACAGACUUUCAGAGGCUGUUUUUCAGAUUACUGCUGUUACCCUCAGGGCUCUUGACUGCAUUAUGAAGGCUUUCAUGUUCACUCGAGAAGAGAAGAGCACAACAAUACCUGAUUAUACACAGAUAGAAGUCAAGCUCAUAUGACUUUUUCUGAUAGUUAUUGUAAUAUCUCACACAAACCAGGAGGCUACAGAGUUCGUGGUUGAUCCUGUACUCCUUUCACUCGGCCUACAUGAUGCUGGCGGCUUCACAAACAUCGUCUCAGUUUACACAAUAUUAAAAUGAGCUUCCUUGUUCCACUGGUAAUCUCAUGAAUAUUCACGACAGAGCUACAGAUCACAUUCAGUCUUCAUUUUUCUGCUCUAUAAACAAAACUGUGACCUUUGAAAUGCAGUUUUAACUCUAUGAAAACUCAGAAUAUCCGUCAGAGUAAUUUAUUUGUUGGUUGAUAUGUGUAAUUAAUCGUGCAGCAUCUCCACGGUUUCCUCUGAGAGUAUCCGUUGGUUUCUGCACUUAUGUCACUAAGAUAAAUUCCUGUACAUGCUCCGUGUUUGUCGAGUAAAGUGUUUUCUCACUCUCCUACCGCAGGCGACUGCUGCUGCGGCUCAGGCCAACCUGCUGAGGCAGCAGGAGGAGCUGGAGAGGAAAGCUGCCGAGCUGGACCGCAGAGAGCAGGAGCUGCAGACCAGAGGCCCGUCAGGUCAUUAGAGACAAAACCUCUCCUCAGCAGCAGAAGUAGAACAACGUACAGAGAGAGGGAAACAAUCAGCAAUAUGCAGGAUAGGGUUUAGAAAGAGAGGAAUGUUAAAUAUUCAUGAACAGAAGCUGCAGCACACACGGAGAAAUCAGCAUAAUCACUUCUACCGCAACAAAGCGAAGACUCCUGAUAUUUACUCUGCUUCUUGUUUUGACAGGGAAAGAGAACAACUGGCCGCCACUUCCCAAGAGCUUCCCCAUAAAGCCAUGUUUCUACCAGGACUUCUCAGAGGAGAUCCCUCCAGAGUACCAGAGAGUCUGCAAGAUGAUGUACUACCUCUGGAUGUGUAAGUUCACCGACAUGAUGUGUACUUCAAGGCUGAAACUGGACAGAGAUUCAAAGAUUAUAUCAAUUUUUAAUACAAUAAGAUCUGAAAAUAUAUAUAAUCUCCUCUACAGAGAAAUAUCGGCCCGAUAUUUCUGAACAUAUUUAAAGCCUCUAUAAGGAUUUUUGACUUGGGCUGGGACUCAGUUGAAGAAAUUAAUCCAAUUUAGUCAGAGGCUUUGUAAUUAAUUAAUCGCAUUAAUCCAGCGAGACAGAGAGUUUAGUUAGUUAGUUAGUAACCUUUAUUUAACCAGGAUAUAAACCCAUUGAGAUUCAGAAUCUCUUUUACAAGGGAGUCCUGGCCAGGAUAGCAGCACAAGAAGUUCCACAUAAAGAAAAGAACACACACACAGAAACACAAAACAGUUACAGUAUUCAAAACACAACAAUAAAUCAGCGUUCCGUAAGAAGACAUGUGCAUUCAGUACUCAAAAACUCCUUAAUUCUAGUUUUAAAAUGUGCCAUACUUGGCAGAUAAUCCAAUUUAAAAUAACCCUGUAAUUUACACCAGGAGGAGGGUGCAAAAGCCUUAAAAGCGCUUUCAUCUUAGCUCUGAAUCCACUCAUCUGAUCGAGUUGUGGGUCACUGUACUCGGGGUCGGACUAACGUUAACUUCCACGCUCGCUACAACAUGUUUAGCAUUCAGGUGAUAUCGGAGUCUUGACGUGCUGCGGUGAUAUGCAAAUUCUAUUUUGUUUAGUUUGCACAAGACUAUUUUUUUAUCCAGGCUUCCAUCAAACAAAAAUGCCUGGAGUCGAUCAGAGCACAUUCAUCCGUGACUUCGUUCAUUUGUCCAUGCGCUGGGUGGGACUGGUAUCACUGCUGCACUCACUCACAUUGGGGUGCGCCGGUAUAAGCGAUAUACCUUAAACUUGUCCAGUGAGAAACGUUUCACGGUGCAAAGAUACAGUAGGUGCGAUUAAUAUGCCUGAAUAUUUUUUACUGUAAUUAAUAAAUCGCAAUUAACGCGUUAAGGCCCGGCCCUUAAUUCAUAUUAAUAUCUGAUAUGAUAUACAAAAACAAACAAGAUUGAUGAAUUUUAUGUUGUAAUAUUAAAGCCUGAAACUGGAAGACACAUGAAGUAGCAAAAGAAAUAACUCAAAAUAUAAACUGAAUAAAUUUACAAUUUUAACUCAAGAAAGUUCAAUGCUGUUAUAAUUUUCUCGUCACAGUUACAUCAGACUCAUCACUAACACACAAACACUGUCACAAUGACAUUUUUAAUUGGUGGAAACAUGAAAUAUUGUAUAUUUAUCUAAAAUUACAAUGAAUGUUUCGUUUUGAGAAUUCCACUCUGCAGGGACCUGGUAGGUUUUUAGGUUCUUCUCCUUCACAUUUCCAUAUAAUCAUAAUUUAACACUUAUAUAAUUUCCUACAUGUAAAAAAACAUUUGAAUAAAAAUGAAAUAAAAACAGUCACAGAAAAGUCAAACAAAUUAAACAUCUCUCCAGAACAAGAGGAAAAUGUUCUCAAGAGUUUUAAAUCCUCAAAAGUUCAGCUGCUCGUGAGUUUUGGCUGAAAGGUUUGUCUCUUUAGAAGGAAAAAGUUUUUUUCUUUUAAUAAGGAUGUUUUUUUAAUGCAACUUUCUUGACCUGCAAUACUAUCGAUUAAAUAGUUGAAUAAAACACGAUAAAGAUUUACUGAACCGGUUCCACUGAAGAGCGAGUUUAAAGAACCAGGACUGGUGGAUCAGGAUCAUGAUCUUGUCCUCCUUCUCUGUUGUUUUUUUCAGUCGGCUGUGUGGCUCUGUUCCUGAACCUGCUGGCCUGUAUGGCGUUCUUCUUCACCGAUGCCAAACAGGGUGUGGGUUUUGGCCUCUCCAUUCUCUGGCUCAUCCUCUUCGCUCCCUGCUCCUUCCUCUGCUGGUACAGACCCGUCUACAAGGCCUUCAGGUGAGCCUCUCUGUGUGCAGCUCUGCAACUUUCUGGUUCACAAAUGUAGAGUUCUACAAUACUGAGUAUAAAACGACUCAUCCGCUCCACCUAAAACACAGAAGCUCUCUGAAAAUGCCUCCCUGACCUCGAACCUCUACCUCCUCGACUGACCGGAGUUUGUUUUUCUUCUUCUUCUUUUCAGGACAGACAGCUCCUUCAGCUUCUUCUUCUUCUUCUUUGUGUUUUUCUGCCAAGUGGUGAUCUUCAUCAUCCAGGCUGUGGGCAUCCCUGACUGGGGAAACAGGUAAGUCAUGGUUUGAGCGAUAGUCAGAGGGUUCAUGUAUCAGUGAGUGCUCAGAGGUCAAGUUAUGACCAGUACGUGCCGACUAGUGUGUCUGUCUCUGUGUCAGUAUCUUUAAGAAUUGAUUUGAAAGUUUGUUUACUGGUUUUUAGGCCUUUAAUGGUCUUAAUCUGAUUUGCUUUUACAACAUGAGCCUGUGAGAGCCCUCGGGUCUUCAGGUAGCGGCCCUCUAAUGGUGCCUAAAGUAGAAACAUUAAUCAGGUUUGAUGGAUUACAGGCGCAGCAAGGAGCAUUUAGCAUUUGGCAGAGCGGACUUAGUAGAAAUAGAAUAAUAGUGUUCAUUAAUUUGUGUAAAGUUAGUGUGUGAAAAACUUGAAAAUGAGCCCUGAUUGGAAGACAAAGGAGGAAGAGAGAGAGGUUGUUGUGUGUUAAGAAAAGAUGUUUUCAAUGGGAAAUAUUAAGAAAUGAAGGCUGAUGUUUAUGAUGCAUCACAGGAGCUUUUUGUCCUCAAAGGCCACCAUCACUUUGACGACAAAGGAGAAGAGCGAGGAAACAUUUAGAUGCAGAAUCUGACUGUGAAAUAUCCCUGCGUUAACACACUGUGUAUUUAAACUUUGCAGAAAUCCCUUUUUUAGUGUUUUGCCACAAGAAAAAGUAAAAACUUAAAAAAUAAAACGUGAUUUUUAUCUUUGUAAGUUUGUUUUUUUUAAUGUCAGAAACAAAAAAAAAGCCACAGUCCUGCUCGAAGCGUUUUCCUGACUAUUAUCAAGAUUUUCUUUUUUGUGCUUUUAUGAAUGGAAGUUGUACCGAUCGUACGCUGCUGCAUGCCCUCUUCUUCUCAUUUUCUGCACUCUUUCAUCUUUCCUGACAGAAACUUUCCAUCCUUCAGUCUCUACUUCUGCUGCCUCUUUGUCUGCUGGUAACUCUGUAAGUUUCUGCUUCUUCCUGUCUGCUGCCCUCUGACCCCUCCAACACUAACUCCACUCCUGCUUUUUUUCUUUCUGCUGGUCAAACGGGGGUUAAAAUCUAAAGUUUGUCUAACGUUUAGUGGCGAGGCUAAAGAGAGCAAAUACAUAAAAGAAAAUAGUCAUUAAAUAAAGACAGUGCUGCUGCUGAUCUUUCAAAAAGAAGAUAUAGAAUGGAUGCUGUCUGCCUCCUCGCUGGGUGAAGCCACCGUGAGAACUGCACCCUCUGGUGACAGGCUGCAGUAUAGGUCAUAAACUGGAAUUGGAAAAAAUCGUGGAAAUACUGAGAGCAAUUUGGCUCCAAAUUCGUAUCAUGAUGCAAGUUGUCCAUAGAAUAUACAGUCUAUGAUUGUAACACUAACCACCUAAAUGCAGAAUCUAAGAGUAAGUGAGGGGGCCACGCUACGUCACCGAAGGAAGCAGAGAAACCUGCUGAGGGGUGGAAAGGGACAUGAUAGAAAUCUGUCUCCAGGGAAGCAGACAAACAAAUGAACUAUGACCUCGUGUAGGAAUCUCAAAGCAGCUCAGUUUAAAAGUCUUAACCAGAGAUGAAGCAAUGAGCACUAAAAUGAGAAUGUACUCACAUUUGGAAGUAGGGCUGAACAAUGUGGCCUCAAAUCAGUAUCACGAUAUAUUGAUCAGUUCACCUCGAUAACGAUAAAUGGACGAUAACUACUCCACAAGCUGCUCACCCUCUUAACUUUAGCUGCCGCUUCAGCCGCUACAACUUUUGAACCGUCCUCCAUCUCCUCACCUGUCUUUACCUCUUUGUUAUGAACUGGAUGGGUUGGAGUCACGUCUCUGACAUCCCUUAAAAGGACAUGAGACCAUAGCCUACCUACACACAUCCAAAACCAACUUUGAUUUAUUCAUUUUGUUGACACAGAAAAAUACCAACAUGGGCAAGAUGACGUCGGUUAUUGUUGUAAAUUUUGGAAUUGGUCAGUUUCCGGUUUAUCACCCAGCCCUACUUUAUAGUGAAGCAUAUUUGAUGUUCAGGAGGCUGUGCUCAUGUUGUAAUGACGCCACCUCCUCAUCAUGUUAGUGAGGGCGCUUUAAGGCUGGUUUAUCGGACCUGAACUCUGCCUCUUCCCCUUAUUUUCCUUUCCUCAUCACGUGUAAUCCCACUUACUUCUGCUGCCAUACAAAUAUCUCAUUUUCAGUUUCACUACCUUUGUUUCUAACCUGCUUUAACUCGCUGAUGUUUCUCGUCUGUAGCGGCUGGAUCACCGCCUUCAUCGCCUUUAAAGAAAACACGGCAGUGGGAGCCAUCAUGAUCAUAGUGGCCAUCCUCUUCACCAUGUGCGCCGUGCUGUCCGUCAUCCUGCUCAAGAUGGUGAGGAUUCAUGUCGUUUAUUUACACAUCUUACAUUUUGACCUGUUGUUCAGCAGCCGUGUCCUCUCCGGUGUUGGGUCAAUUAUGUUUUAUAAAGUAAAAACGAGGACAGCCAAAUACCAAACUCAUCUAACUAUCCUCUCUAUUUGUCUUUAGGUCCACCAAAUGUACCGCCGGACUGGAGCCAGUUUCCAGAAGGCCCAGCAGGAGUUCUCCCAGGGCGUCCUCACCAAUAAAACCUUCCAGACGGCGGCUGCUGGUGCGGCGUCCUCCGCCGCUCAGGGAGCUUUCCAGGCAAACAACUAGCAGUCGACAGAGUUAAACUAAACUCCAUUAAACAGGUCGAGGUCUGUAUGUCGUCAGGUCUAAAAACAAAGCUGAAAGAAUCAGAAAGUGUAAAUCUGCUCCUGUUUUUGAUUGGUUGUUAAAACCUCAUGAUGUUUAGACCUUGAGCUAAGUGGGGCCGCGUUAUUCGCCUCCUUCUUGUACCCCUGAAACGAUGCGCGCUCUCCCCUAACGUUACCUCUGCUGCUUUCAUCCUGCAGAGUGACUCCUGAGGGGAAAGUCACACACCAAAUGCAUUCUGGGAGAACAGUAUGAAUGAAGUUGACUGACGCUCUUUCAGUGUGUCCUCGCUUUGUAAAUUUCGUGUGCACUUUUUUUGGCAAUGCUCUUCAGUGUAAUGUGUGACUGUGUAGGUGAGUGUGUUAAGUGUGUGUGUGUGUGUGUGUGUGUAUGUAUGUGUGUGUGCUGUGCAUGUAAACAUGCGGUUGCAGAACACUUGUCUUUGAUUCUGUAAUAUAAUAAGAUGAAGUGUUUGUUUGUGUGUGUCAUUGAUCGGCAUUUUUACUGCCUCAAAUACAUUUCUCAUGUUUGUCGAACAUAUUGGAGCUAAAAUAAUGUGCGCUGCAAAAAUCAGUCUAAUGAGGAAGAAGGAUAAGAGCUGUAAAAAAAGAGAAAGUGUAGUUUAUUCUAAUUACUUUGGAUGUAGCUGUUACUGUAGAUCAUUACUAAAAUCUUUAAUUAAUCUUUCAACAGCGAUACGCCUCACACCGGCUCACCCACACAUCACUCUCAGAUCUCAGAUCACUCUUUUAAAAAUUUUCAUUUUCAUUUUCCGUAACCAAAAAUCUUUAGAACUCUUUCUGAAAAAAUCCUUUAAAUCAUGGAGAUCAGGUUCAAACAUCCGUGCACGCGCUCAUAGCAAAGCUGGAUCCAUUUACGAGGUUGAUAUCCAGACGGUUUAGCGAGACCGCUGGCUACCGCGCUAAGUUGAGCGAGGUAGCUCCAAGGCUACCUCGCUAGGUUGAACUUGCUUCGUAGAACAGGCCCCAGAAGUGUUUCAUUUCAACUAGGGGUGUCCCUAUACAGCUUUUUGACUUCUGAUAUGAUACCGAUAAUGUAGCCUUCAAUACUGACCGAUACCGAUAUUGAUCAGAUAUUGGGACAAAAUUGUGCAUGACAAGUUUUUCACUGAACUGCAACGUCUUUUUCAGACUUAACCCUCACAUACUGUUCGGGUCAAAUUUGACCCGUUUUGACUUUUAACAGCAGUAAAAAUACCCUAAACAUCAUUUUUUAAGCCUGAAACUUGACGACUUUUCCUGAAGUUGCCCAAAAUACAUGAAAUUAAUUUAAAAAUAUUCAUGUGUAUUUUUGUUUAUGUGCUACAAAUUUUUCCCCUCUAAGGCUGUUACGGGUCAAAUUUGACCCAUAUCUAUAUUUAGAUGGAUUUUAGAUCUAGCAGUGUGGGACAAGUGACAAACAGUAACAACAGUGUUCGAUAUAAAGUUUGUUGUUCAAAAAGAUAUAUUCAAAUCAUUAUGAAACUAUCAUUACCAUGACAGAAACACACACACACGCACGCACGCAUGCACACAGACAUACAUACAGUCACACAGACACACCUAGACAGAGGUCAAAAUGACCGAACUAGUCAAGAGAACUUUCUGUGACAGAAAGCUGCUCUUUGAACUCUUUGAAGGGGCAAUUUUGACCCAUAACAUACUGUGAGGGUACAGGAUUUGAACAGUUUGUGAGGGUUAAACAAAAAAUACUGCCACAAGACCAACAUCACUCAUACUUCUUUCUACUUUGUUCGUACCUUAGUACAAACUGUUGUUGGGAUUUUGUGGGCUCUGCAUGCUGGAUCAGGGCGCUGCCAGCUAGAGGUACCGGAGUGGAAUCUGGAAUGGACUGCUUGUAUCAGAGUGCUGAUAUCGGAGAUUUUAGAUGCAGGCCGAUAUAAUCCGAUAUUCGUUUUUAUGCUGAUAUCGGACUGAUAUGCAAUAUCAAUAUCGUAUCUGGACACCCCUAAUUUCAACAACUUUCAAGCAAGUUUUAAUCUUUGAUUUCAUGAGCAUACAAACAGAAUUUAGUUUAAUUUGCAGCCGUAAAAAAGUAGCUUUAACGACUUGUUCAAUCAGUGCCUUUGUUCAAGAGUCAUUUCUGAUGAAGCCAAAGCCAUGCUGUUGUUUCUCUUUAAAUAAAUAUAUAAACUAAAAACAGACCAUACAGUCCGUUUCAAUGGUCUGUUUGCCCUCUUAGUAAGAUCAGGAUUGGUUAAAUUUUACUGUGCUCCAGUGAGGUUUGGCGGUCACAGGUACGACAGAGACGCGUGUCCUCAAUUUCUCAUUUUCCUCUCAUGUAUUUGGUUUUUAAACCCUGAUACUACAGUGUAAACUCAUCAUCACAUUUGCCUUAUUCUGAAGGGAACCAGCAUCAACAAUAUGCAGAUUAAACUUAGUUUUCACUUCUCCUUAUUAGUGAGUUUGUUCCAGGUACAUAAAAGUAUUCCUUGUGUAUUUCUGCAACUACCACCAAUCUCUAAAUUAUUUGAUGUAUAUUUUCUGUCAUUUCUUAAACUGAGAAAAACAAAAACAAAAAAAAAACAAACAUGCAUUAGUGUGUUUAUUUGAUGUAGCGUUGAAAAUAUCAUCCUGGAUGAAACAUGUUAGCAUUUCUGAAUAACAGCGUGAGAUAAGUUUCCUGCAGCAGAUGGUGGUCUAAUUUAAGGUUCAGUUUUACACCUGUUCUAUAUAUAAAUAUAUAAAAGACAUGAUUUUUAUGAAGUCAAACAUCUCUUAAUGCAUUGUUUUGGGAGAUCAUAAGCCAAUGCCUUUUGUAUUUCAGUGAUGAAUAUAGUAUCUAAUAAAAUGCUUUGCUUUCA